ACACUGACGUAGGAGGGGGCCGCUCAUCACGCAUCCUCUCCUCCGCUGCCAUUUUUUGUGCUACUGGCUAACUCGCUAAGCAAGGGGUCUCCAUCAGGAGGAGGCGGAGAAGACUGCAGGCAGCAGAGAGAGGCAGUCAAAUCAAGAGACUGAACUUUCCCUGGAGAAUCGGGGAGCUCUUCCACACAGGAAACCGUUAUUAGAAAGACUGUACAAUGUCUGAUUUUGACAGCAAUCCGUUUGCAGACCCGGACUUCAGCAAUCCCUUUCAGGAUCCUUCGGUGACGCAGGUGACCCAGUCUGCCCCUCCUGGUGGUCUGGAGGAGUAUAACCCCUUCACAGACGCCAGAACGGCGGCUCCUGGAAAUGCCCCCAAAUCGACUCCUGCCCCUUCCCAGAACACACAACCUGCCAUCAUGAAGCCCACAGAAGAGCCGCCGGCAUACUCACAGCAACAGACUCAGGACCAAGCACGUGCUCAGGCUGAGUUGUUGAGAAGGCAGGAGGAGUUGGAAAAGAAAGCCGCAGAGCUAGAUCGUCGGGAGAGAGAGUUACAGUCCCACGGAGCCGCUGGAGGGCGUAAGAACAACUGGCCUCCACUGCCAGAGAAGUUCCCUGUUGGCCCGUGUUUCUAUCAUGAUAUUGCAGUGGACAUUCCUGUAGAGUUCCAAAAGACUGUCAAGAUCAUGUACAACCUUUGGAUGUUUCAUGCAGGCACCCUCUUUGUGAACAUGUUUGGCUGCAUGGCCUGGUUCUGUGUGGACACAUCUCGUGGUGUAGAUUUUGGCCUGGCCAUGCUGUGGUUUCUGCUGUUUACCCCCUGUUCUUUCGUCUGCUGGUACAGACCGCUUUACGGGGCUUUCAGGAGUGACAGUUCAUUCCGCUUCUUUGUCUUCUUCUUCGUCUAUAUCUGUCAGUUUGGAGUUCAUGUCCUACAGACUAUUGGCAUCGCUGACUGGGGAACAUGUGGUUGGAUCGCAGCUUUAACUGGUCUCAACACCAGUAUCCCAGUGGGCAUCAUCAUGUUACUGAUUGCAGCUCUGUUCACGGCACUGUCUGUGGGCUCGCUCAUUAUGUUUAAAAAGGUGCACGCUCUGUAUCGUACCACUGGUGCUAGUUUUGAGAAGGCCCAACAGGAGUUUGCGACGGGGGUCAUGUCUAACAAGACUGUUCAGACUGCAGCCGCCAACGCUGCAGCUAAUGCUGCAACCAAUGCCGCUCGUGGGGCCUUCAAAUCUCAGCCAUAAACUGACACACACACAUACAAAUAUACACAAGCUCACACACAAAAAGCAUAUAUACACACACUCAAAAGUUGGAGGUGCACAACUCUGGCCCUGCAGGCUCUCAGAUCAAAUUGAUUCUAUUUAUGAAUGUUGUUAUGCUAGGAUUGAUUAUGACUUAUGCUAAGAGUCAGAGGCCAGAAAUAACAGAGGAAUAAAGAUAAAUAAAAGAUAAAGUGAGCAGAGUUGUCCACCUCCGCUUAAAAUCAAGUUCAGUAAAAAUACUCUCCUACAUCCUUCCUGUCUGCUUUUCAGUCAGAUAACUGUCUCCAAACAUCCCUUGGAACAUCCACUAAGUGACUCAAGGUGUGCUCUGAGUGUGUGGGAUUUCAUCUCACCCCCUCGCUUUCCCAGUUCUUCUAUACCCUUGAGGUGAUCCCAGGUCAGGCAGAGGUCGCAGGUUCCACAUACCUUAUUUUUGUCAUGGUGAUGACCUCCAAACAGCUUCCUGUCUGGUUAAUACAGCAGAGUCAUGAAAAGGGAUAAUCUGAUCAUGGUGUUUUGCACAUAGUUCUGUUUUCUUGGUCACAUACCGAAAGUACAGUGUGUGUUUGAAUGGCUGGGCCUGUGUGUGAAUGUGUACUUCACUCUUAAGAAAAUUGUGGUUCUGACUUCUGUUUUUUUAUUUUUUAUAAUCCAGUCAUCCAGACAGUCAUCUGAAAGGUAGACUGUACCUUGUCCUAUAUCUGUGACUCUGUUCCAUAUAAAUAGAAAUAUGUCGUUAUGUUCUUCGUUAAAGACCUGCCUGCAGCCCCCAGCAGUGCUCCAGUGAUACCUGUCAGUCUAACAGUUAUUCGCACUUUGUGUGCUACCUUGAUUGGCGGUGUGGGCUUGGGUCAGCAUCUCUGCGGCUUACCAAGAUUUGACAGCAUGAUAACGACGUGCAUGUUUAGCACAACCCAAGGUAGCUGCUUCUUUGGCAAAGUCAUUCUGUACACUAUAAGCCUUUUAUUCUGGCCACAGGUUGUAUCUGGUUUUGGGGGAAUGUUUGCCUACUUAUUUUCCCCUUGGUUUGUUGUAAGAAGUGGGCUGUAAAGGUAUUGCAUAUCCCAGUGGCUGAUUGACUAAGAGAUGAUGUUUGACACACUGAACACCCCUGGUCAGUAUGUCACUAGUUCAGUCCACAAACCUAAAAGAGGUUCAGUCAGAUUCUUUCAUGGCCUGGUGCACUAAAAGGGGGAAAAACUUGAGAAACGUUCGCAUUUUCCUUUAUGUAUGAAUGACUAACAGACUACUAUGUGGCUGUCUCUCAGUUUUUUUUUGCAGCCCUUCACACUUGGUUAAAAACUAACGCUGCUAUGAAUUUGAGAGCCGCUUGGUCGUGGCCUCCUGCUGUCAUGUCUCCUCUUGAAAAGGACACACCAUACAUAAGGGGAACUGAAAGAAGUGACCUGCCUUUUCUCACAGAAGUCGACCUGGACAGUGAUAAAGCUGCAUUUUUUUUAUCUGCAUUCAUAAAAUAGUAAAAACAUUGAUACAUAGACUAACAGUCUGUUUGCUUUUUUACAGACUAAGUCCAGUGACUUUCCUCUGCCAGUAUUGGAUUACUGGCAUCAGAAGUUUAAUAGCCAAAAUAAGCAUUAAGAUAACAGAGGAUAGGACUUGAUGCACAUUCAGUGAUAUCACUAAGAUGCAUUAACUGAUGUACAAUAAUAUCAGUGUUAUUCAACAAUAAUUCGUACAGGCUACUUUCACUGAAGUGAAAUAUAGACGUGGUUUACGUCUGUGUCAUGCUUUAGAACCUCUCAUAGUGGUGGUGUGUGUCUGAAGAUGUGCAUGAUAGAUGACUGAUACUGCUGUUAUUACACAUGUAUGGGCUAAACAUAGUGAAUAAAAUGAGCGUUACUAAGUUGAAGGUCAACAAUUUGUCGUGACGUACUUGGCCUACAUCUUGGCAAUAUUGUUUUGUUUGGAAAUAUUGUUUUAGAUUUCAUUGCACAUUUCUUGUUUUAUGUUGGAAUUAGUGCAAAAGACAAACAUUUUUUAUUUUAUUUAUGGUGUAAUUUAAGUUGUUUUGGCAUUUCAAUUUUGUUCAGUUUGAUUUGACAUGUAUUAUGUUUGUGUGGUUUUGUAAUGGCAUGAUCAUAGCAUCAGCUAGAUUUUAAAGUGUUUAACGACGUUGCAACGUGACCUUGCAAGAGGCGUGGAUGAGGACGUGUGUGUGAUUGGUAUGAAAGGGACAACUAAACCUCCCUCAAGUGUUAUUCUAUGUCCUGAAAAGCUGUGAGAAAUCUACCAAAUGUCCAUAUAGAUUUGUUUUUAAAUCUUUGUGAUGUGUUCCCUUGCCAUGUUUUACUUUAAGAUGUUACACUUCAAAACACCCACAUGACUCCCAUGUAUCUAUAGUUUUAAACAGUUGUGAUAUGAAGCCAUGCCAUAGUGGGUCAUUUCUUGAUGUAUUUGGUGAGCUGGUCUGCAGUACAAAACGAUGUGUUGCCGACACAAAACUGUGUUAUUGACCUGUGACCAUGUUAUUUCACUGAAUCAGAGUACAAACCUAUUCAAAAGGGACACUUGUAUAUUUUGUAAAGUUGCAAAUUUGAUCCCCAUUAUCAAUCACAUGUAAAAAGAAAACGUAAUGCACUCCUGUCUGGCCUUUGUUGCAUGUGAAAUAGUUUGAGUUUUGUAUAUUUAUGGUAUUAACAUGAAAUAAAAUUUGAAAGAAAUGU